AUGGCACCAGAAGUUAUGUGUGGAUAAGAACAUGGCAUAGAAGCAGAUUAUUAUUCAUUAGGAGUUAUAGCAUAUGAAUUAAUGCUUGGAAGAAGACCUUAUUAUGGUAAUAAUAGAAAGGAAAUUAGAGAUGCUAUUCUCGCUAAGUAAGUUUAAAUUAAGAAGAAAUAUUUAGAUUGGUCAUUAAAUGCUAUUGAUUUUAUAAAUUAAUUGAUUUAGAGAAAACCAGCUUAAAGAUUAACUGAUGUCAAAAAUCAUCCAUGGCUUAAAGAUUAUCCUUGGGAUAAAUUAAUUAAUAAAACUUUAUAACCACCAUAUGUACCUCUUAAUAAUGAUAAUUUCGAUAUUUCUCAAAUUCAAUUUGAAGAUCAAGAAAAUCAACUUAUAAUCAAUUAAACAGGCUUUUUAAUAUCUUAAAAUAUUAAUGCUUUUGAUGAAUACUAUUAUGAAUAAAACUUAAGAAGAAGAUCUUCAUUAAAUCGAUCCUUUCUUAUAAAAUGA